UUUGCGCGCAUCCCGCGUACACACAGGAAGCUGGAAGCCGCAGGGGGCGCGCAUCGCACAAUAUAUAUACUUCCACGUUCAUAGUUGGGAACUCGGAAGCUAGCCCACCCCGUCCCGUCCCUGAUUCACCGCAGAUCCCUCUAAUUCAUAGCUAGAUCCAUUAAGGAGAGGAUCGAAUCAUUGAUCAGCUAGGAACCGGUCGGGAGAUUGUCCAUUUUGGGGAGGGAUUAGCGAAAGAGAUGGCGCCACAGCUUCCGGCGGGUGCUGAUCGCCGGGAACCGGAGGCCACGUUGGGGGCAGUCGGCAUCGCCACCGUCUCCGCGGCCACCGCCGCUCUGGCCGCAGCGCUCGAGCCGCCGCCGGGUAGCCUCGUCGCCGACACCUUCUACCGCCUCACGCUCACCGGGGCCUUCCUUGGCGGGGUCGCCCUGGUCGGCGCUUCAAUCUGGGUGGCCGACAACCCGGCCGCCCGCCGUGCCGCCGGCAAGAAGCUGCUAUACACCGCCGUCCCGCCGCUCCUCGCCGCCGUCGGGAUAUCGGUGGCGGCGCUGCUGUGGUAAGUCCGUCAAAUGUUCAUGCACAAGCCCCUGUCCGACCGCAUCACCGUCCGCUGGCGUCGAUCUCUAGCUUGUUGCUCGUGUUUGUGUCCCUGGAAAUUGUGUGCACUACUACUUCUUGUAGAGUUUGUGUGUAUCACCCAGGCUUUGAAGGUAUCACCUUACGUAUGAUCAUAUCAGUGUCUGAGUGUCUCGUUCUGUAUGUUUUGUUUGGCUGUCGUGUUUGUUCGAUUAAUGACCGGUCGGCUUAAUCGACGAGCGUUUGUCAAGAGUCUUGAUACUUCAAAUAUCCCAAGUUGAAAGUAUGGUGCUUGUAUUGUAUGGUGUUCGCAAAAGAAAAAAA